CAAGGUACACCCCCCCAUCUCUAGGUCGUCAUGGCGAUCUGCAGCUUUCGUCAGGUACCACCACCACCUGGCACUUGCAGCCAGCCAGUCCACCUCCGGACCACCUAGCUUGUUAAAUAUCCCGCUGCCCCGCGCCCCGGCCACCACCAUUAGCUGCUGUUAUCAUCCAUCUUGAUCCAACCCUUCAAGCCAAAAACCCCUUCCGGACCCGGGCAGAGAGAGCAUAACUGCCAUAUCGUCUGCUCAACUCGAACCUUAUCUCCCAACCCAGUCCAUCUUGCUGGACGACCACCCACACACACACAACCGCAGCCAUGCCUAUGUUCUGCACAAUAGACAACGACCACUCGCACCACCGCAGCAUACUCCGCAGCUUCCGGACCCAGAAGGCUCUCAAGGCGGAUAUGCCCCGAGGCCGAGAGAUUCACUUCAGGAAACCAAGCGAUGCCAGCUCCAUGACGAGGUCGUCAACAGACUCAUCACGCCCGUCGACAAGCCGGACAGACAUGUCCGUCGAGUGGGACCCCCUCAGGCUACACCCACCUCUGGCCCCGGCACCCGCGCCUGCUUUCAACAACCUCGAGAGCAGGAGAUAUCAGCCACAUGAGCUGCGUCAGGCUCGCUCAGCACAUGGCGUAUCUCUCUCGUCAGUCAGCCACCGCUCGCAUCCCGAAGCUUCCAUGGUCAUCUACGACGGCUUCGACUUUGGCUUUGGCCACCCAUCUGCCGGCGGCCAGAGGGAGCCUACGCACCACGACCACGACCACGACGCCUGGCCCUCCUCAUCGGAAAGCGGGUCAGACGACGAUGUGGCCACCCCGAGCAGCCAGGAAGUCAUUACCCCGCGGCCCCAGGCGGCCGUUCUCAACGAGACCGACUACUUCAUGAAGCGGGGAGACUGGAAGAGGCGUGGCAUCAUCUUCACCCCGGACGUCUCCCUAGCCACCGAGGACGACUGCUUCAACCUCGACGUGGACAUGAUGCACUAAGGCGAGAGCAGGGAAGCUGCUCGCUGUACGACCGAACCUCUUGUUCUGAUUCGAUGGAGUUCUGUAUUAUCACUCUACUUUUUGUCACGACGGUACAUGCGCAAACACACCUCUUUUUCGGUCAGAAC